UGGGGCAGAAUAAACCAGGCAGGUGUGUUUGCUUUUGGUUUCAGGUAGCUUAAUCCUCUCUAGACUGAAAGGGAACUUGUUUUUUUCGGCACAAUAUUGUUUCAGAGAGGAGGGACAUGAUAGGUUGGGAGAAAAACAUCAACAACAACCCACCAUUGCCGUGAGAGUAAAAGGCAGAGAAUCAAAAUUCUGCCUUUGUCCGGGCUGUCGACCGGCAAAACUGGAAUGCUGAGAUGGUGAGGCAUUGCUCAAGAAGAAGGAUGAAGGUGUUUCUGACUGCAUUGCUGGCUACUCUUUGGUGUGCUGAGUUUGCCCAGGCUUUGCGGUGUUAUUCUUGCCCGGAGCCGAUAACGGCUGUAAAAUGCAUGAAGGUGGACAACUGCUUGCAGAAUGAGACCAUGUGCAAGACUACCAUGUACUCGCGUGAAGAAGUGUACCCAUUCCAGGGCGAUUCCACCGUCACGCGGUCUUGUUCUUCGAGGUGCAUUCCGUCCGACGUGGAUGGGAUUGGCUUGACUCGCCCGGUGACCUGCUGCAACACGGAUCUCUGCAACCACGAUGGAGCAGCCAGCGUGCAGAUCAGCUACAUCACGGUGGGGACCUCAGCUGCUUCCUUCUUCAUCCUCCUCCGGCCUGGACUGUGAUUCAGAAGGCAAAGGCAGAAGAUCUUGGGGGUGUGUGUGUGUGUGUGUGUGUGCAAACGACAACAACUCCUUGAUCAAGCCCCAGCUUGGCUUCACUAUCUCAGUCUCUCUCUCCUCCUGCAAUUGCAGACUCCUCUUCUCAUCAGGCGAAGAAAACGGGGGGCGAAAAUGCUUUGCGCUGUGAAAAAUGCUGGCCAGCCUGCUCCUCCUGGCUGAAAAGAGAAUCAGAGACCUGGUGCUUAAGUAUUUUGGGGAUGCCAGUCAGCCCUUUGCUCAGCUCAUCGUCUCUGACUCUGCCUUUCGUGGCUCACCCCAUGUUUAGAAAACACAGUUCCAAGCAGUUUCCCUCUUGUCCCACUCCUUUCCCAGGGAAAACCUGCUCUUUAGCUCUAAAUCAGAACAAACAGCAAUUCACGGAAAACCCAAAUGGCUGUUGUCUCUGAUUGAGGACUAAAGAGCAGUUUUCCCGAGGAAAGGCAGCGAGACUUUCACAUGACUUGUAUUUUUAUCAUAUUGUUUUCAAGUUAAUUACCCCCGGAUCUGAGAGUUUUUCUCAUUGUUCCAUGACUGUGCCUUGUGAAAACCCUAUCUUGCCCACUGCACUGAAGCUCCUUUAGCAGCAAAACCUUUCUUUGGAUUUCCUGUGCAUCCGAUAAGAUUAAGGUCAGAGUUUCGCAAAGCCCAGCUGCGGAGCAUCGAGAAAAUCUCCCGGACCUGGGGAAAUGAAUUGCUACAGAAUGCAAUAAAAAUGCAGGUCAAACGGAAAUGUGGCCGAACACUUAGUCUUAAAGAUGUGCCCUUAUGCACACCUGAUCACGGCUCCCAAUAGCCAGGCAGGAUUCUGAGAGCAGUCACCAGAACUCAUCUUAAAAUCCCCUUAAAAUCUUCCUUCUCAAUGUGAGGCUGUCCGAAAUGGAUCUGUUGCAUGUAGAUACAUUGGGGACGGGCUUUGCAUGAUUCUCUUUUUAUGCAUGAAGUACCCUUCCAGAAACCCUCUCCUCUUUAUCAAUCAUUUAUCCUAACUUGUUGCACGACGCUUAUGCUGAAAUUACACGAUGCCCCCGUUUUUGUCGAACGCCUACCGCAAUCUGUUUGCAGGCAGUUUAUACAACAAUGAGCAAUCCAUCCUGAUUUACUUGUGUGGAUAGAUUAUAUGUCUCCUUCGGGAGCUAGGGCAGGAUGUAAACCGAAUAAAUAAUAAAAAAUUCCCAUUGAUCAGGAAAUUACCCCA